ACAUAAGCUUUUAGACAAAAUCUGAACAUGAUAAGCUAGCAAGCACAGAAGGUACUUAGCAUAAACACAUCAAUUCUUUGAUGAAUGUCAAUUAACAGCUUUGCAUCAACUCUUUUAGAAAUUCUGAAACGUCCCUCUCACAGCAGGUUCCACAAUCCCCCUUACUUUCUCUGCUCCAGUCUUUUUCACUCUUCCCUUCUUCUCCCUCCCCCUCUUCUCUCUCUCUCCUAAAACUUUCCCGGCCCCUGCAAGCUGCAACUCUCCCCUAAAAGCAUUCAAAGAUCCCUGCAAUUCCCAAAUCUUAUAUAUCUUCCUCCUUCAGACAGCGAACCGAGCUCCUAAAUCUGUUCCCUCAGAUUAUAAACUGUUCCAAAUUCUCUCUUAAAUUCCUCCAUUUUUCUUUCUUUCCUUCCUUCUUUCUUCAUUUCAGUUCUUACCUCCAAUGGCCGACAACAAGGGCGGAGAUUCCACCAAGAACCUGCCUGACCAAGUUCGAUCUUCCUCCUCUCCAGACAACAACCAACAAUCCACAACAGAUCAUACUAGGCAAGUUGCCGUCGGUGCUCAAUUUCUUAUCUCUCCUUCCACUAAUUUUGAACCGGCGAAUCCCAAACGCCCUAGAUACACCGCAGCUCAAUGGAAGUCAUUACCCUCUCCUCCGCAACCUCCUCCUCAAGCUGCCGGUUCUUCAUCAGAAACCACACCCUCUCCUUCUCAUUCGCAUUCUCCUAGACCUUCUUCACUAGAUAUAACAAUCAACAAGCCUGAAGGGGAUCAACAGCAACAACAGACUCAUCAAGCCCAAUUCCGCAAGGGUAAAUACGUUAGCCCAGUUUGGAAGCCCAACGAGAUGCUCUGGCUAGCCAAAGCAUGGCGGAUCCAGUACCAAUCAAUUUCCUCAGAUGGCCUGUCAGCCGCCGCACAGUCGCGGGGGAAGACGAGGGCGGAUAAAGAUAAAGAAGUUGCGGAGUUCUUAAACCGGCAUGGUGUGAACAGAGACGCGAAAACAGCGGGGACGAAGUGGGACAACAUGUUGGGUGAGUUUAGGAAGGUUUAUGAAUGGGAGAGAGGAGGAGAGAGAGAUCAUGUCGGAAAAAGUUAUUUUAGGCUUUCUCCAUACGAGAGGAAGAUGCAUAGAUUGCCUGCUUCUUUUGACGAGGAUGUGUUUGAGGAACUGUCGCAUUUCAUGGGUUCUAGAGUGAGAACACCCCAGACCAGGUCCGGCGGCAUUGCUCUCGGAGUGGGAGAAUCUGCACUAAAAGCUCUCCUUCCUCCUCCUUCUCACGUAUCUCCACUAUCUUCUAGAGAUGACCAAGAACUCUCUAUCCAUGUGGCAGGUAGGGGAAAGCAAAUGACAGUGGUUAGCGGCGGGAUAGAAGGUUAUAAUUAUAUUCCGGUAGGAGGAAGAGGGAGCUUGGUAGGGUUGGAAGGUUCACAAGAAUUAACGGCGGCGGCGGCGACGUCACUCCGGCGGAUAGGAAAGAUGAGAAUGAUAUGGGAGGAGUCAGUGAGUCUGUGGGCGGAGGAUGGUGAGACACACAGAGGGAGGGUAAAGCUUCAAGGGUCUGGAUUCUUGAACGCUGACGAGUUGACAUUCUUGGACGAUUCGAUGGUCGCAUCGCCGAUGGAAGCGUUUGAAGAAGGAAGUCUUAAAGGAUUCUCUGUUGAUAGAUUCGUAUCUGGACAGCAACUCAAAGUCUUUGGCAGAAGAAAGUCAUCUUCGUCUCCUACCCCUUCUGGUAGUUCCGGAAUCUCAGGUUCCUACGACAGAGGUCAAUUCUCAUCUACAGAACCCUUAUCUACAAUCAGAUCAACCGCUGCUUGGGAAACUCAAGACCUUACAGAAUACUACAUAGGCUGUCUCCGAUCACCUCCGUGCACUCUUCCAAGUCUGUUCGACCUCUCCUGGCAUUUGCAAGAGCCCCCAUCAGAAGACCUACGUUUCCCUAUUCGCAAAGACAUCUAUAGGGACUUGCCAUCAGGUAAGGAACUCUUCUUCACAACCUCCCCCUCCACAGACGUAAUCGAUUGCAGAAGCAUCAUGUUUGACCUAAUGGCUCAUGUUUUUCGCCAAAAUCCAACCGUUGGUUCAUCAAGCCGUGAAUCGUAUAUCGGGCUAUGGGACGACUGUAUCAAUAAAGUCGUGUCUAGAUUCAGCCCGGCCGAGUUCAUUCUAGUGCGUAAACCUUCGUUAAUGCCAUCAUCCAAUCAGACUAUCCAAGAUCAAUGGCCCAAUGUGGCGGGUUUUGUUAAAAACCUAUGUUUAUGGAGGGGGGAAGAAUGUGACCGAUUGAGAGAAGGUUGUCAAGACCCGUCUUCUACUAUUGUGGACAAGUUCCUAUGGACAUACAUUGAUCUUCCUUAUGUGUUGGGUUACUAUGCGGUGGGCUGCACCGUUACAUUUUGUGCUCUCUCCCGAACGUCUCAUGAUCGUUCCAUUGUCAGGACUGAUUUAUACACUCUCGACUUAUCUUCGCCAUCGGAUCGAUUGAAAGCUAUGGUUCCAUGUUGGAGAAUCUCGGGGCUAUUGACUUUGUUGGCCGAUCGAUGUAUUACCUAUUUGAACAAUAUUUCCAUAAGCCAUAGUAAGAUCUUUCCUUACACCGAUUUUGAACGAAUUGAAUUGGGUAACGGAGACAUAAUCGAAAUGACACCAAACACGGUUAGCAGGACUUUCUCGGGCAAGAGAAAGUGGUUGGCGGUCAAGGAAAUAUACGAUUUCCUUGAACAUCGCAUUCCACACGCCGAAUAUAUGGUUCGGUCGUGUGAGGACGAUCUUUCUAUAUCGCUGAAGCCGAGAGGUUGCAGAUUCAAGCCUACAAACUGCGAUCAACUGAUUGAGGCUCUAAAGUACGUGACCAAGGCUUUGGUUGCGUUACACGACUUGUCGUUCAUGCACCGAGAUUUGUGUUGGGACAAGGUGAUGAGGCGAAACGACAGGGAGAGCGAGUGGUUCCUGGCGGGUUUCGAGGAGGCGGUUGGGGCGCCGCAGAUAUAUCCGCACAACGGUGCGAGUGGAAGGAACGCGCCGGAGAUGGGACGUGGGUUACAUACUGUGAAAGUAGACUUAUGGGGUGUGGGAUAUCUAGUAAAGACUUGUGGGCUGGCCGGCGUGCCGAAGUUACUGAAGGAGUUGCAGAACAGGUGCUUGGACCACAACCCAGAACAGAGGCCGACGGCGGCCGACUGUUACCAUCACCUCAUGCAAAUUCAGUCGUCAAUGUCGGCUGCUGCCGUUGCGGCGGCGGCGGCGGCGGGUGGAAGUUAUUGAAAGGCAUUUUGACUUGUCUGGACAGAAGAAAAGAUAGAAUAGUCAGUCAGAGAUUUUAAUUUCAUUUGGGGGGUGACACUGUUA